AGAAAAAUAUUUCUAAGCUAGAAAGUGUGUUUAGUGUCAGGAGAGAUGGACAGAUUGAGAGAAAUAUGGUGGGAUGAAGAAUGAAAAAAUAUGCUAGCUAUAUUUGCUAUAUAUAACAACAAGAAUCUAGCUAUAUUUGCAGGAAGUGAUGAUUCGGAUGAAGAAUCAGAGGAAAGAGUGAUCAUAAAGGAGAAAACUGUGUGCACAGUCAUGAAUAACUGAGUUCUUUAAGGACUGUUUUUAAACUUUGAGGCACACCAAGCAUAAGAUUGUGUGUGUUUCUCCUUAGCCGUUCACUAGAACAGUCUCCAGUCACGUGACUUGCAUUUUGAAUCAGGCUUAGAAGCAAAAGGAGUCGAGUGACUCGCUGCGAUUCGAUUGAUUUGAAUCUUUUUUUUUUAAUCGGUGUUUUGAGCCUGAUCUUCCUACUUAAAAGCCGAAUCUGCAAAACAGAAGACCGACAUUACACAUAAACAGUUAUCAUAGCUUAUAUUAAUAGCGCUUUAUAUAUAUAUAAAUAAGAAUAUUUGUUCUUAUUGAAACGUUGAACUUUGUACACGUUUCCCCGCCCCUGCUGUAAACACUGCAUUCUUCAGAGUCUCGGGUGCACUCUUACGGACAACACAAGAUGUCCAGCUCCAGGAAAGUGAUUGAACUGUUUUACGACGUGGUUUCGCCUUAUUCCUGGUUGGCAUUUGAGGUGCUCUGUCGGUACAGAAAUGUCUGGAACAUCGAGCUCAAAUUUCACCCCGCCUUUUUGGGCGGAGUCAUGCAGGGGUCAGGUAACAGGCCGCCUGCGAUGGUGCCGAAUAAAGGUGAGUACCUGGUGAAGGACCUGACACGGCUGGCGUCUUACAUGAACGUGCCUCUGUGUCAACCGUCCAACACGUUCGAGGUCAUGUUUGAGAAAGGUUCUCUUGCUGCUAUGCGCUUUAUAACUGCAGUAGUGGAAAACGCUAAAGAUGGCGAUCGCCUGGUGGAGAACGUUUCUAGAGAAGUGUGGAAGCGGAUCUGGAGCACGGAUCAGGAUAUCUGUGAGCCAUCUUCCCUCUCAGAGGCAGGACUGAAGGCCGGUUUGUCCUCCAGCGAAGUGGAAGAAUUAAUCAGACAGGCCAAAUCUCAGCCAGUCAAAGACAAGCUGAAACAAACUACACAGGAAGCGCUCGACUACAAGGCGUUCGGAUUUCCUCUCAUAAUCUGUCACGUCGACGGAAAACCUGAGGUGUUCUUUGGCUCGGACAGGUUCGAGCUCAUGGCUUACUGCAUCGGAGAGAAGUGGCUCGGUCCUCAACCUGACAAGCUCACAUCAUAUCUGUAACUACACCCUGUUUAAGCACAAUUUCAAUAAAGUGUGUACAUACUC